UUAUGAAUUCACAACUGGAUGGUGGUUUGUUGGGUGUUGGCUGGGUGGGGUUGGUUCUGGUGUGGGUGGGGCAGGUAGACUCUGUAUGUAAAGGCACGGAGAAUAGGUGAUUCUCAGUGCCAACUUUUUCCCAUCUACGUCUUGUAGUAAACUUCAGUUUGUUCUUCGUUCCUGUUUGCUGCUUUUAUUUUCCUUUGCAAAGCACCAAGCUAGGACGUUGUAACAGUAAGUCGGCACUCACAUUUUUCUUGCAAUAUUUUCAUCUCCCUGUUCCUGUUAGCGGAGUGCUUCCAGGGUGGUCAUGGCAGAGGGAGUCCAGGACGCUGACCCAGUGAGGGAGCUUCUGGAAUCACCCACAGACAAGGGAAUAAUCCUGGAGGUGAGGGCAGUGGAGGCCCUGCCAGCAGUGUGACCAAAAGAGUUUACCCAGCAGCUAUGUGUUUACCCACACAGAAGACCUCCACAGCUACUUCUGGGGAUUGGUGGCUGAGUUUGGCCCUGCAACAUCCAGAGGCUGGUGGGCCAUAUAUGACUGAUGGGGGGAUCCCCUGUCUGGAUGGCGGGAGAGACGUGUUACGAUGAUGAGGAGUGGAGCUAUUCUACGGCCCCUGGGCAAUAUACCUUGGAUGUCCUUUGUGAUAGGUUUGGGGAAACAGGCUAUCUACCCAGGGCAGAUGACACUCCAGGUUCCCGGGGCCCAGCAGAGGAAGAUGCAGGCCAUGGACCACCAGCUGGCACGGCAGCUGAUGGGGCUGCGGGCCCAGAUCCACCAGCUGAAGGUGGAGCAGGCCUGCCAUCACCACAAAGAGAUGCUGGAUGAUGUCACCUUUGAACUGGAGGGCAGCGAGGAGGACUUGGAUCUGCUCUGCAACAUUUCCCCCAAGAUGGCCUUCCUCUUGUCUACCCCUCUCAAGCACAUUGGAGUCACCCGCAUGAAUAUAAACUCCCGCCAUUUCUCCUUGUGCUGAUGGACCUUCACCCCUUUGCAUGCUUGCUUGGGUCUUGUGGCUGUUGGCAACCAGGGAGUAUCUUGGCCCCCAUUGCCUGCACCUGUAGAUUUUGUGCCCGUGUAGAGCAACUGGUGUCUCACCUGGCUGAUCUGCUCUGGGCUCAGGAACGUAUCAGGACAGGCAACCUCAGGGAGGUGAGCUGGGAGACAAAACACAUCCUCUCAGGGAGGGAAGUUUUGCUUCUUAGGAAAAGGAGAUGAAAAGCAGAGAGCAAUAUGGACCAAGAAGGAUCAUUGGUGUCCUAUUGGUGAUUCACAGGACUAAGAAGGGUAUGGAGGAGAACAAAUUCCAGUCUGCAGGUUCAGAGAAGGCCGAUGCAUGCAUCAGCCGGCAAGGCAUGAAAAAAGGGGCAGAGUUCACAUGCUGCAGAUUGACUUUUUUGAUCUCCCCUCCCUUAAGGUCUUCUCUGCUGUGGUCCUCUGGACCUGGCCAAGGAUGCAGGAGGGGCAGUGACCUCAAGAGAAAAAAAAUUGCUGGUCGACGUGUCUCUUUUAACUGAAAGGCUGAUCACCCCUUCACUCCUCCUCAUUUAUUUUGCCCAUGUAUGUUUUAAAAGCUUGCUUACUUUUUAUUGUAUGUCAGUUGAUGUGGCUUUGAGAAGCUACAGUCAGCAAAACACUUUAAAAACAGCAAUAAGAGGUGCAUCACUUGAAUAUUGUGUGUUGUUUAUGAAUGUAUACCUUUGUGCUCUGCCUCAGCCCGGCUCCACUUCAUCUUUAGACCAGUUGGUCUUCUAUGGUAUUUCUAAGAGCUUUCCUCUUUUCCUCUCUGUUUACAAAUUCUAAAAUGGAGCAGGAAACGAGCACCAAUCGGCCCCAGUUCAGAGCGGCUUUCUCUUUUUCGGAUUGUGUUCUAAUUGUGCAAGCUGUUCUGUUUAGGGUGUGAGAAGGGCACUAAUUCCAUGGUCCCAGGGAGCACAACAAUCAGCCCUGCUUCGAUGUAAGCCUUGGGUGCAGGUAUUAUACAUUGCAAGAGCCAAGAGUCUCAUGCUAUGUGAGUACAAGUAGGCCUUGACUUAUGACCGGUUGCUUAACGACCAUUCAGAGUUAUGACCUGCCUGCAAAAAGGCAGUGAUGACACAGUUCCAAAGUUCCUGUGGUUGUCCCCCCCCCCAGCAGUCAUGUGAUCACACUUUAGGUACUCAGCAACACUGUCCAUUUACAGCUGUUUACAGUAACCACGCUUUACGAUGGUUUUGCUGAAAACUUUAAAUGUUCCUGUUGUGAUGGGUAAUGGGGUCAUACAUUAUUACUGAAAGAAAAGCCACUUUUAUCCAAUUUUGGGUAAUUUCUUCAGAUUUGGGAAGCACGGCUAUAAAGGGUAUUUCCUCUGUUCAGUGACUUUUCUGACACACCUCCAUAAACACACCACGUCCUUCUCAGCCCUAUCCUUGCCAUUUUUAACUGAGUGUGCAAACAGUGCUUUUGUGGUUACAUUAGCAAACUUGGCACAAUUAAGUAAAUACAUAAAAAAAACCCUCCAGAAAUCAUGAUUCUCUUGCUCGUUGUGAUCUCUGCUCGUUUC